AUCUGGCAACUCUUUAAACUACUGCGCAGUCUGGCAACUUCCUCAUAAUUCGGCUAAAAAAUGUUGAAGAACAUCUACGUAACGCCGUUAAAUUUGCUUAAAUCGGCCACCAGCCUGCAGCAGCAAGUGCGGACCACGUUCGUGCUGAAGCGCAAAUAUGACCCGCCACUGCACAAAACCAACGAGAAGCCCCGCCGGAUGAGGGCGAAGCACUUCAUCUACGAGCUGGUGGAGGACACGCUGGUCAAGAAGCGGCCCAACAUGGAGGUGGUGCUGAAGACCUUCGUCGAGGGCGUCGGCGACAAGGGCGACGUGGUGUCCAUGAAGCCGCACUUCGUCUACAACAAGCUUCUGCUGCCGGGACUGGCCGCCUACAAUACGCCGGAGAAUGUGGCCAAGUACGCCAAGACGGAGGCGGAAAAAUCGGCGGUGAAGCACAGCUCGGCCUAUGCCCAGCGAACGGUCAACAUGCUGGAGUCCAUUGUGCUCGCUGUGGUUAUGAACAAGGACGAACCGUGGGUCCUGGAGCCCUGGCACAUCAAAGCCUCGCUCCGCAAGGCUGGAUUCCAUUGCCGCGAGGAGUGUAUCACCCUGCCCAAGGAACGCAUCGAGGGACCCGACCUGAAGAAGGAGAGCAAGGACUUCUACUGCACCGUGACCAUCAACAAGCUGGAGCAGGCACGGCUUAAGUGCCGCCUGCAUCACUGGAGCACAGAUCCCAGCGAGCGUCUGCCCUACGUCCUCGAGCAUUGGAAGCUCCAGUCCGAACCCCUCUUAGCUGUAGGUUCAUCCUCCGAAAAGAGCACGUAGGCUACACAACUACCAAAUAAAUGCGAUUGUUACAAAACA